AGCAGACCCAUCUUGUUCCAUCAGCACUGACUUGGGUCUUUCUAGAAUCCUUUCUACCGCAACGAUGGCAGACAAGCUCCGCGCGCAGCAGCAGUUGGAGCAACUCCAAGCCCGAUACGUUGGAACUGGACAUGCGGACACGACCAAGUUCGAGUGGACCAGCAACAUCCAGCGCGACAGUUAUGCGUCAUAUAUUGGGCACCCGCCUCUCUUGAGCUAUAUGACUAUUGGGAUGGGAGAGCCGAAGGAGAGAGUCCGGGCUGCGCUUAUUGAGAAAAUGAUACAACCGGUUGGCAAACCCCCGGAGGUCCAGGAUUGAGAUAUUUCAAGGGAGGAACAAGAGGAGUGAAUGGUUUUAUAGCACCAAGGAAUGGCAAGGCGUUAGGGAAGGACAAUCAUGGUGAUUAGGCCCACGUCAGGCACGGGGGAGAACAGGAUGGCAACGAUUCAAACAGUAUGUUGGUAACUGUCAGAUGGUUAUAUAUGGAGGUGAAGGAUAGCACCUAAACCCAGAUAUAUUUGGCUGCUGCCGCAUCUAUCAACCAACCUACAGCUACAAUAUAUCUUGUACAACAACCUAUUGUAUACUCCAUUUACCGAACGUAUAUUCCAUUUAGUCCAGCUCCAGCAACUCCAGCAGUAUCCCAGGGGUAUAUAUA